AUGAUUUCGAUUUAUGUUUCGGCUUUUGUCAUUUGUCUUUUUCAAUUAGGAGUUAGCGCCGGCCCGCCUACCCCGUCAGAAAACGUAUUAUCAAUAUCAGUCACACCGAUUUACGCUAAUAGCAGCGCUCUCCUGCCUCAGAGCACGCUUGGUCCCGCCGAUGGGAUUUUCAGAAGACAAACUACCACGCCUAGACUGCUCACUCAGAACAUGAACAAUCCCUCGACCGUUGUGAGCGCGUUGAACAACACAAACAAUCGGCCAGCUAACAGCACCGGGGCACGUGCUAAUGACAAUAACAGGAAUCCCAAGACAUUCACGGAAACUGUCAGAAUCAGUGGUGGUCUUGUUCGAACACAAGCAAGCUGGAUCGAUGGACUGAAAAUUGAUGCGAUUUCUGCCACACCUCAUACUCUGUCGAUAAAGAAAAAGACGAACCCAGCUGCUUCGGCGAAGUUUGUCACUUCUGCGGAUCCCUCCAGGAAUAUUCUAGGGGGCGAAUGGAGAGAGUUGACCAGUUUUUCAUACGACGUGUCUUUUGAGGGCGAAUAUCCAGAUGACUUGUCAUUUAAGAUCUCGGCGCCUUACGAUAAACUACAAGCACCAAUAACCGUCGGCUUGGAUGAUGAAGUUUACCUUGGCCUUUAUGAUCCGAAUCGCAGUGGUUGGGUAGUGGAUACUGAAAGAAUGGAAAAUCGUCGUAAGGAUAAGCGAGUGGAUUUGAUCGGAAUUCCUGCCCCCACUGGAGAAUACCGGCUGCUCGCACGUUCGAACCGAGACCCAUUGGGAUCAAUGGCUUUGUCUUUCGGAACCGGGACCGAUGGCCAGUUCAACGUCUUGGCACCCAGCGGUGGCUUAUCAAGUACCCCGCCUUUACAAGUGGCCACAUGGCAAGACGGCAGCAAGAUAAUCAUUCGAAGUUUACAGGCGAUGCAAAUCAAAAUGGAAACUAGCAAUACCACAACAAGUGCAAUACCGCCAGGCUAUGAGGCUGCUACCCGCUAUGGAUUCACUAUAACCACCAAUACUCCUGCAGCUCAAGUGAUAAUGAACUUGCAACUUCCAUAUGUUCCCACUCAGUUGGAAGCAAGAGGCCUCUUCCCACAGGAUCUUGUAACUGCUGGCAGACCACUGAGAGCCAAUCAACAAUAUCAAAUUCUAUCGGCUACCACUAUCAGUGGGAAUGGUGCGCUGAUGAAUGUUCCAAUGAAUAUUGUUGAAGGGGAGUAUCUGUUACUUGCAAGGUCCAACUAG